AUGCAAAUCAAUGCAUUUGGUAUCGAUAUGUACGAUAAGGAUCGGGGUAUAAGUCAUUGCGCUUCUGGUCUAUACAUCGAGGGCUCAGUCUUUGACCACUGCUGUCAGUCUAAUGCCUGCGCUUCUGGUGAGGGACUGACACUCGAGAUAAGAGCUCUCAAACACAUCCAGAUCGGCGAAGAGAUAACUAUAGAUUACGUGCAAAACAUUGUGUCCAAAGAGGAGAGACAGUCCGCUCUCAACGAAAGAUAUUUCUUUGUUUGCAAAUUAUACAAAGAAGUGGAUUACCCCGGGAUCGGUCACUUCACAACCAAUGACUUCUAUGACCCGAAGUACAGACCCAUAGUAUUUCUGCCUCAGAGUCCGGAUCACAUAAAAACCAAAUUCCUUUUGCACACCCGAAAGAACCAGAGGGACGCACAGGUUAUCACUCAGGGGGACAAACAGGCCAUAAAGAGCUCCAACUUUAAUGGUAAAAACCCCACCAAAUUCAUUGUCCACGGAUUCCUCGACAAUCAGUUGUUCGGCGAUUGGAUGCGACAAAUGAAAGAUGAGUUUCUCUUUGCCGGUGACUAUAAUGUAUUCCUUGUUGACUGGGCCGGUGGUAAUGGUCUUCCAUAUGGACAGGCAACCGCUAACACACGAGUUGUAGGUCCAGUCAUGGCAUUACUGAUUAACGACUUACAGGAAGUGUCGGACCUUAAGUUAAGUGAUGUCCAAAUAUUGGGUCAUUCAUUGGGAUCACAUGUGGCCGGUUAUGCCGGAGAGAAAUUGAAGGGCCAGGUGGGACGCAUUACUGGAUUGGACCCUGCUGGGCCAUACUUUGAAGGUCUUCCCGCAGCGGCUAAACUCGACAAAACAGAUGCCGUAUUUGUUGACGCAAUUCAUUCGGAUGCCAAACAUCUGAUCCCCGACUUGGGCUUUGGUUUAUAUGAGACUUCCGGACAUUUGGACUUUUAUCCUAAUGGAGGUCAGUUUAACUCAUAUUCUCCGGGUUGUGAUGAGCAGCGAUGGACUUCUAUUAUAACCGAAGGUCUGAUUGAAGGCGUAAGACGUUUGGUGGCCUGUAAUCAUCAAAGAGCUGUCGACUUCUAUAUGGAUUCCAUAAACACUCAGCACAUUCCCGGAGUUGCCUACCAGUNAAAACUGCCGGUAGAGACUCCACAUUCAAGUGAUAACCAUGGUACUUUGAUGGUUACACUUCAUGGAGAUAAUGAUGAACAGAUCACUUUGAAUGACAAGGAUCAGAUCUUCCAUUUGGGACAGACCUAUACUUUUAUCGCCAAAUUUGACUACAAUUUCGGUGAAGUUCGGAAAGUGACGUUCAAAUGGCACCGAACUCUCGGCGGUAUCAUUAAGCAGAAGAUGUGGAUUGAGAGCAUUCGAGUCAUUCCCCUGUCUUCCGAUAAUAUUCAAGACAAACAAAAACAUUUACAAGAAAUCAAAGCGUUUUGUAACACAAGUCCCGACACAGGAAUUGAAAACGAGACAGAU